CAGAAUGCCUUCAUUAAAAUUCAACCUCUUAGUCCCUACAGCCCCCGCCGUUUCUUUCUCUGACCAUCUCUUGACUCACACUCUAGUCCAGUAGGUGGCGGUAAAUGGACCUAAAAGUUGGUUGCCAACCGCCAAUAAAAAGAACGAAAGAAAGAAAGAAAGCAUAGAGAGGGCAUUACGCACGAGAGCGCAGAGCGCACAGAUAGUUUGGAGGACUUGGACCGUUUAUCGUGUUUUUUACAGUCAAAAUGAAGAGAAACAAGCGGUACACUACUGAAAAAGCAUUUGAGAUAAUUCUCAGUGGUAGUGGGACAAACGUCAUCUUAGAAGAUUCGUCUUCUGAAGACGACAUUGAGCCACAGCCGGACAUUAGUGAUAGUGACUGUGACUAUCAGUUAAAAAGUAGUCGUGAGGAUGAUGAUGAGAAUGUCCGGAAAAGACCUGCCAAUUACAAUCGUCUCUGCAAAAUCAAACCAUUAUACACAGACAUAGUGGCUGCCUGUAUGGCUCAUUUUCAGCCAUAUAGAAACAUCUGUAUAGAUGAGCGGAUGGUAACAUCUAAAGCCAGAACAAGUAUGAAACAGUACAUGAAAGACAAGCCCACAAAGUGGAGGUAUAAACUCUUUGUCCUUGCAGACUCUGCUACUGGAUAUACAUGGAACUUUUCAGUGUAUUCAGGGAAAACUGACAAACCCGAAGGCAGCACAGGUGCUCAUGGUCUCAGCUACAGUUCAGUAGUGGAUCUUUUGCCAUUUUCUGUUCUUGGUUCGGGCUACACCCUGUUCGUGGACAAUUUUUACACCAGCCCUGCUCUUUUUAAGGACCUUUACAGUAAGAACAUUGCCUGCUGUGGGACUAUUCGAAAAAACCGUGUUGGUUUUCCAAAUACAGUUUCCAACAAUUCUAAUAACAUGGGUGGCGUAGAUCUUUCUGAUGCUCUCAUUGGAUACUACAGUGUACACCACAAAAGCAUGAAGUGGUACAAGACGUUUUUCUACCACUUCUUGGACAUUGCUAUUGUAAACAGUUUUCUCCUGUUCAAGGAGAUGUGCAAGGCAAGGGCUGAUUUGACUGAAAAGAGCCAUAAAAUGUUCAGGGAGCAGCUUGCUGCUGAAAUGUUGUCUUUUGCAGUAGGCUCAGCACCCCAGCCAGCACCCAUGUUGAUGUGCAAGCCAGCGUACUAUGGCACGGAUGCCACGCAAUCAAGGAGAUACUGUCGGAGAUGCCAGGACAGAGGCACUCCUAGGGUGAACACCCCAGUAUAUUGUCGAAAAUGCAAUGUACCCCUGUGCCUCACAGCAAAAAAAAACAAAACUGCUUUGCACAGUGGCAUGAUGGCCAGUGAUUCAUCUUGCAUGAUGAUUCUGUAAAUAUUGUAAAUAUUUUUUUGUUGAUUGGUUGGAGUUGGUUUUAUUUAUUUUUUAUUUUUUUAUUUCUGGAUUGCAUUCUGUUAUUGUUAUUACUGUUAUUGCUAUUGUGUAGAAUAAAUCUGCUCCUGUUGGAUGCAAACGUAA